UCAUCUUGUCUUGUUUACCAUUUUCGGAAUAGGACGGUCCGGGUUAGGCUAUUGUAACAUAUAUUAAAAACGUCAUAUUAAAAAAGCAAACCGAUCAACUCACGUAAGUUGUUGUUCUCGCGAUAUAUAUUCAAUUCACUAAGUCUUUCAUGGAUUUCGGAAUAGCAGCAAGUUUGGUCGAUGCAUUGAAGCAAAACCGGUACCAUGCCAGGAGAUGCUUCGAGCGUUUUACAUCACGUGGAAAAAGAAUGGUGAAGCCUCAAGAAUUGAUGAACAUCAUUGAAAAAACCAUUGACGACAAGCUUGAAAGAACAAAGGUUUUGGAGGGUUCCCUGGGACAAAUCUUAAGUUCCACACAGGAGGCAAUCGUAAUUCCACCAUAUGUUGUUUUAGGAUUGAGGGCAAAUCCAGGACAAUGGGCAUACGUUAAGGUCAAUGCUGAUGACGUCACUGUUCAAUCUCUUACACCUUCUCAAUAUUUGAAGUUCAAAGAAUCCAUCUACGAUCAAGAAUGGGCAAAAGACGAAAAUGCCCUAGAACUCGAUUUCGGAGCAUUCGAUUUUGGCACACCGCGCCUUAUUCUCCCUUCAUCUAUCGGCAAUGGACUCGGAUACAUUUCGAAGUUCAUGACUUCAAGAAUCGGUGGUGAUCUAGAAAACGCAAAGCCUUUGCUUGACCAUUUGCUAGCUCUAAAUUAUCAUGGCGAGAAGCUUAUGAUCAAUGAGACAAUAGAUACAGUUUCAAAGCUCCAGAAAGCAUUGAUUGUUGCUGAUGUCUACUUAUCUGCACACCCGAAAGACGAGCAAUAUAGUACCUUAGAGCCCAAGCUUAAAGAAUGGGGAUUCGAGAAAGGAUGGGGAGAUAACGCUGAAAGAGUUAAGGAGACGAUGAAAAUGCUUUCGGAGAUUCUUCAAGCUCCCGAUCCAACUAACAUGGAAUUGUUCUUUAGCAGACUUCCUUUCAUAUUCAACAUCGUCAUCUUUUCUAUUCACGGUUACUUUGGACAGUCUGAUGUUCUUGGAUUACCGGACACCGGAGGCCAGGUUGUUUACAUUCUUGAUCAAGUGAAAGCACUAGAGGAAGAGAUCUUGCUGAGAAUAAAGCAGCAAGGACUGAAUGCAAAGCCUCGGAUUCUUGUGGUGAGUCGACUCAUUCCCGAUGCGCAAGGAACAAAGUGUAAUGAAGAGAUGGAACCAAUCUUGAACACUAUGCACUCACACAUCCUUCGGGUUCCUUUUAGAACCUUGAAAGGCGUUGUCCCUCAAUGGGUUUCACGGUUUGACAUCUACCCAUAUCUCGAAAGAUUCUCAAAGGAUGCUGCAACUAAAAUCCUAGAGGUAAUGGAGUGUAAACCAGAUCUUAUACUUGGGAACUACACAGAUGGAAACAUUGUGGCAUCUCUUACGGCCAAAAAGUUCGGAGUAACACAGGGAACGAUUGCACACGCGUUGGAGAAGACCAAGUACGAAGAUUCGGACCUUAACUGGAAAAAGUUUGAAAAAAAGUAUCAUUUUUCUUGUCAAUUCACUGCGGAUUUGAUCUCGAUGAAUGCUGCAGAUUUCAUAAUCACAAGCACUUGUCAAGAAAUUGUGGGAAGUAAGCAAAGGCCCGGACAAUAUGAGACCCAUGCGGCAUUUAGUAUGCCUGGACUAUGUAGAGUUGUGUCGGGCAUCAAUGUAUUCGAUCCAAAGUUCAACAUAGCUUCACCUGGUGCAGAACAAUCGGUUUAUUUUCCGUACACGGAGACGGAGAAACGGUUAACGUCUUUUCAUCCCGCGAUCAAAGAACUACUUUACAACGAAAAAGACAACGACGAGCAUAUGGGAUAUCUGGCGGAUGUAACCAAGCCGAUUAUAUUCUCAAUGGCCAGGCUAGAUACGGUGAAAAACAUAACAGGAUUAACCGAGUGGUACGGGAAGAACAAACGGCUCAGAAGUCUUGUAAACUUGGUUGUCGUUGCGGGGUUCUUCGAUCCAUCAAAAUCUAAAGACCGAGAAGAGAUGGCGGAAAUCAAGAAAAUGCAUCAACUAAUCGAGAAAUACAAACUAAAGGGUCAGAUGAGAUGGAUAGCGGCUCAAAACGAUAGGACACGCAACGGAGAAUUGUAUCGUUGUAUUGCUGACACAAAGGGAGCCUUUGUGCAGCCCGCAUUGUAUGAAGCUUUCGGGCUGACGGUUAUCGAAGCCAUGAAUUGUGGUCUCCCAACUUUUGCAACCAACCAAGGAGGGCCCGCAGAGAUUGUAGUUGACGGGGUUUCUGGAUUUCAUAUUAAUCCCAAUAACGGAGAUGAAUCAAGCAACAAGAUUGCUGACUUCUUCACGAAAUGCAAAGUUGACGCCGAGUAUUGGGACCGGAUGUCACAAGCUGGACUUCAACGUAUUUACCAGUGCUACACGUGGAAGAUGUAUGCUAACAAAGCGUUGAACAUGGGGUCGAUGUACGGUUUCUGGAGGCAACUAAACAAAGAGAAUAAGCAAGCGAAGCAGCGAUACAUCGAUAUCUUGUAUAACUUACAAUUCAAGAAGCUGGCAAAAACCAUCGAAAUCCCUGAUUUCGUGACUCCUCAACAUCAAGAAGGAGCCGAAACCAAACCAACAACGUCACCGCUUGCAGAACCAGUGCAAAAGGAAACCGGACUUCUUCCGAUGGAGUUGACCAAGCGGAGUCAACCGAGAUAUAUACAAGACGGGUCGACUCUGAUGAGCAAUGCAAGAAAACCACUGAUUGUUCUUGUUUCUGUGUUAAUAGUUGCAUAUGCAUCUAGAAACUUGUAUAGGUAUUUCAAAUAGAGCAUUGUGAUGCAAAUAUGUAAUUGUAACAAUAAAAAUAUCCAUAAAUAAAACAUUAAUCCAGGAUUAUAGUCUUUUCAAA